AUGACUGAAGAUCCAUGGGAACGUCACUGCACGGAACACUCACGGAACAUUCAGUCUCAUGGUGUAGAAAAGGAAUUCUGCGGUCCUGAGAAGGAAGAAAAAGCUAAUAUAAACUCACAAGCACUGGAAAACUUCAACAACUCUAUUGCCAUGCGAAAUGCUGAUCAUGUUGCUGAAAAUAUCCUUGAAGAAAAGGACGAGAACAAGGACACAGUUGGAAAGAUCAAGCAUUUUCUUCCACAUCAACCCGUGUUCACCCCCCAGAAAGACACUACGGAAGAGUAG